AUUCUUAUCUUAUGAUAAAAUAUUCCAUUAUCUGUUGAUUGGCAUGGUUGCCAACCCCAAUAGCAGUGCGGGCCAGUCAAUUCCAAAAGACUUUACUGAGACGGCGGAUAAUUGGAUUUUUUCUCCAGUUGGAUGACUGCUACAUCAAAUGUUUGGUAUACACGAAAGUGUUGACACAUUGAGAUUGAGAGUGAAAAAGAAAGUGGAGAAAUAAUAUAUAUGAUAUAUGAUAAAAUGGGUUUCACCUACCGUGUGUCAGUCUCAAAUUGACACACGGUGCUUCAGUUUCAUAUGCACCAUUAGAUCUGAUAUUUUUAAAUUUUAACGGUUCAGAUAAAUUAGCAUUAAAACAAUUCAUUUAUUAAUUAUAUCUUAAUUUACAAAAACACCCUUCUUCUUUCCCAACCCACCCCCAUUGGUCGGAUUCAUCCACCACCGCACCAUCUCCGCCGUGUCGCUUCUUUGUCCGCCGCGCACCCAAGCUUCACUUCAACGAGCUAACUACAGGAUCUGAAAGCUCUCAAGACGAGAAGUCUAAUGGUGGUGGUCUCGCUUUAAAACGACGCCGGAGUUGGCUGGAAACUCCAGUUGCAGGUAUGUGGAAGUUUGCCCAGAUCUAGGAACCGUGGUGGAGAUCUUUGGUGUUGUGCUGCCCAAAAAUGCUUCAAAGCCAUCAGGUAAGCCAUCUCCAUGGUUCUACAGUGGUCGGAGUACCGAUUGUGCUGAGAACGCCGCUGGUGUUGCUGUACAACCGCUGGCGGAUGUGCGGUGCGUUGGGGUUGUGGCUGUACAACGCAGUGGCUGGAUGAACUGCAGUUAGAGACCCAGCAAAACCCAGAAGAAUAGACACAAACCCAGUUUUGAUGAAUCUGGUUAAUUGGAAAUGGGGAUGGAGAAAGUGAAGAGCUUUGUGACAGAAGAUGAAGAAGAAGAUAGGGUUGGAAGAGAAAGGUUGAAGUUGAAGAUUAGAAGAGUGAGAGUUGGUAAAUGUCAUACCCAUUAUUCUCUAAUUUUCUGUCUCUUGCUUUCUGCUACAUUUUCUCAUCUUCUGGUUUUUGUUCCUUUUCUUUUUGGCCUCGUGAUGCUGUCUAUGUGGGGAUCCUUGGCUAGUUUCUGUUGUUCCUGGUCCUUGAGUCGGUUCUACUGCUCUUGGUUCCCUUCUUUAUUAAUAAAUUUCUCCUUCCAAAAAAAAAAAAUGUCAUACCCAUUAUUCAGUUCCAAUUAAUCUGCAGAUCUGGAAAACUUGAAGGUUAGAAGAGUGAGUGUUGGUGAUGGUGGAAGGAGAAAGAUGGAAAAAUUUGAGCAAUGAAGGUUAAUUUUGUCUUAUCACUCAUAUAGGAAAACUGAAGCACCGUGUGUCAGUUUGAAACUGACACACGGUAGGCGCAGCCGAUAAAAUGCAAUAGAAACAGAUUUAUAGAGAGAAAAAUAUGUGGGAUGUCAGGUGUGUUUCGAUGUUUAAAACACAAAUUGAGACUAGGAGGAUGUUUGGGUAAAUAGUUUAUCUAAGCGCUUACAUAAGCUAUUAUCACAUAAACACAUAUUAUAAUUUUUUAUGCUGAAUGGAUGGGGACUGGGUAUGAGAUGAAACCAUGAUUAUGACUGACCCCAACAGGAUAUUGGAUAGACAAUAGGGCAGUUAUGAAAUGGAUGCAGCUGAGAGUCAUCCUCUGAUCUAUCUCUAAUUUUUUUUUUGAAACACUCUGAUCUAUCUCUAUGAGUGGAAGAUAGUAGGCAUCUAUUGAGUAUCAAUUUUUUAUGUGUACUGUGUAACAAAUUUGACUUCCAAAAAUGCAUCUUGUGUCUUCUUGCUUCAUAUUUUGGCAGGUUGCUGGUGAUGGAUCAUGUGCCUGUGAAUAUUUGAACAAACAAAAUGCGAAUUAGUUCCCUCUUUUUUUAUGCAUAUCUCCUUAUUUAUUAAUUUGGGGUCGGUGCAAUAGUUCUUCAUAAAAAAAAGAACUGGCAUAUAAUAAUAUUGGGUAUUAUGUCACAUUUAUAUAGUUUUUAUCAUAUAACUAUUAUUAUGAGGCAUGUCGUGUGGCGUGUAUCUUCUUCUGUGGGUAGAUAGUGUGUUUGGAUUGAUAGUCAAAUACAAAUUCGGAUCACAACAAUUCUAUUGAGUUAUAAUUUGUAUUUUCUAUUUAGAAGUAAUUCUGGAACAUUUCAUUAAAUAUGCUCAGAAUAGCUUUUUAUUACCUGUUGAAUUAAUCGGAAUUGAUACUAUGUUUGGAUAUUUGUUAGCUUUGGCCUUAACAAUUAAAACUAUGUUUGAAUAUAUGUUGACUUUAAUUUGGAUAUCUAUUGACUUUGUAAAUGCAUGUUAGCACGCAAUUUCAAGUAAAAAAUGAAAUAAAAAAACACACACACAUUGGAACAAGUGUACUCUAUCGUUGAAAUAAUAUGUGAUUGUGAGUGAAAUCUAAGUUGUCGAACCUAAGAGAUCGAGGAAACAGACCAAACCUAAGAGAUCGUAGAAACGCCACAUCUACGUUUAAUUUUUUUUGUCAACGGCAAAUCUACCUUAAUUUCGUUAUUUGACCUCCUUCCACAGCAACAACACUGGUCAGAAACCUAAACAAAACAUGAUCCAUCCUCCAUGAUCCAACACUCGUAGAGAAUCAAUGUGUGAAUCGGAGGGAGUGUUGUUAUCGUGGUGCCGCGUUUCCCUUUCCCCACUCAAACUCAUCUUCGAAUCACUCCAAAUCCUCUCUUCCAAUCCCCUCCCAUUCACAUCGAUCAUGCUCCUCACCACUCUCCCUCUCUCCACCCUCCUCAUCUCCCAAUCCAUCACCACCCAACCUCUCACCGCCCGCAUCCACCGCCUCGAAUCCCUCGCCCACCACGCCCCCACCCGCUUCGAAGCCCGCCACGUCUGGCGCGAGUCCCGCCACGACGCCUCCUCACUUCUCCGUGUCAAAGCACUCUUCGCAAUCCCCUCCUUCUUCCUCUCCCUCGCCGCCGCCAUCUCCGCCGUCCACUCCACACUCACCCCCGCCCCCACCCUCCACUCCGCCGCCUCCGCCCUCAAGCACCACUCCAUGCGCCUCUCCGUCACCACCAUCUAUAUCUACGCCCUCCUCCUCGCGUUCUCUCCAAUCCCCCGCGCCAUCGCAGCGCUCACCGGGUCGCCGCUCCUCGUCUUCCUAAUCGGAUCGGGUCUCGAGGUGUACCUGAUGGCGGUGACGAGUGUGGCACUCGUGGUCUCCGUUUCUGAAGAGAGGUUCGGGUGGGAUGCUAUAAGGGUCGCAUCCGGGUUGAUGGAGGGGAACCGGGUUUGCGGGUGGGUUCUGUCGGGUUUGUUCGUUUUGGGGUCGAGCUCGAUCGGGUCGAAAGUGGAGCGGUUGAUGGACGGUGAGGAUUCGAUUGGAGUUGAGGAUAAAGCGGUUUUGAUAGUUUCGUACGGAUUCAUGGUGCUGUGGAGUUAUGUGAUUAUGACAGUGUUCUACUGCCAUUGUAGAAAACAGCAUCCAGUUAAGGAAGCUCAACCUGAUCCUGAUGAACUACCUCUACAACAAGUCAACAACUCUCUGUAAUGUAGAUUUUCAUGUUAAGGUGAGAAGUGGUUCUAAAAAAAGUUAGUGGGUGUUUAGAAGCACUUCUACAAUUGAUUCUUUUUGGAGACAAAGUCAAUUAUACGGAGAAGCAUCUGUGAGUAGGGUAGCUUUUGAGUUUAUGAAUUAAUUUUGAUGUUAGAGAAGCUGAUCAAAACAUGCUAUUAAUGGAGUAGUUUUGAUGGGGGGAGAAAUGAUUCUGAUAAGUUCAAUAAUAGUGGUUGCAAACACGCUUUCAAGUGGUGAUUUCAGGGUUCUACUUGGACCUUACGAGCACCAAUUGCAAAGAUAUUACUCUGGUGUAAGAACCCAUUAUAGGCCACGGAAUGAGGUAAUUGCUGCUUUUCUCAGUUCAGAGAACAGGGCUGUGAUCUCAUCCUCUGUUACCUUAAAUGCUCACUUUCUCAUCUUCUGUUUGUGAUCAUAAACUACAACUGCCUGCUAAGAGUUUUAUUGAUAGCAGCCUUGUAUUGGUAUUGCCCAAAAUUUCCUCAAGGAUCAAAAUGGAACCUAAUACAUUCAUUUCUGUUAUACAACACCCUUUUAUGUUCUCUCAUUGUAGUGAAAAAUACCUGCUUAUACUCAGAA